UGUUUUUUACUUAUUUGCAGAAUAGAAAGCUUUCACAGUUUCAAGUUUCAAAACACACAAAAAGAGGCACUGCAACAUUGCGUGCCACUCACAGGAUUUCACGAAACCCUAACCCUAACCCCUCUUUCAAUGGCGCAUAACGACUCAAACUCCGAUCCCAAUCCCCAAGCCCGAUUCUACAACCCAUACAAAGACCUCGAUAUUCCUAUUCAAAAUCUCUACAAACUCUCAACCUCACCGGAGUUUCUCUUCGACGAAGAAGCUCGCCGUAAACGCAGUUCAUGGGGAGAAAAUCUCACAUUCUACACCGGUUGCGGUUGCCUCGGUGGUUCAAUCGCCGGUGUCGGACUCGUCGACGACGUUAAAGCCUUCGAGUCCAGCGACACCGCGAAGCUUCAGAUGACUACCUCAUGCUAAUGGAUCUUGAAGAGCAUUCUAGAACAGAGGAAAGUGACUUUGAAUUGCUCAAGAAGGCUCUUACCAUUGAUAACCAGAAAGAUAACAAACAAAUGGCAAAUGAUUCAGAGGAAACAAAGUUGAU